AUGGAGUCGAAUUUUGAAUCUCCACUGUUUCACCGUGUUGGAUCUCAGCCGCUGCACCACACUAUGUGCCUCCUCCGAUGCACCAUCAUUCACCAUCCCGGUUGCCGGAGCAUGAUUGUCAAUGGAAGAAAGAAGAAUGGCGUUGAGGAGCAUGAUUCGUUCGGCCAUGGCUUUACAACCCUUGCUAGUCUCACGCCCAUUCACAUUGCCUCUCGCCGCUUUCGUCCUCCGCAACCGCCUACCUCUUGCUCUCACCAUGAAUCGACGCCGUCUCACGACCAUCAAGAACCUCCACCUCAACAACCUUCCGAGGUAUCCAAGAGCGGUGGCGCCCACGCUGGUUAUGAUGAAUGGCUCGCAUUGGAUCAGAAGGUCAACUCGUAUCCAAGUGUUCGAGGGUUCACCGCAAUUGGAAUUGGAGGUGACGAUUUUGUGCAAGCCAUGGUCCUUGCCGUUCAAUCUGUUAUCCAACACCCAAUUCCUCAGGGAUGUGUGAAGCAGAAGUCAUCGUCGGGGGGCAAAUAUGUAUCUGUAAAUAUUGGACCCAUUGAAGUUGUUUCCAGUGAGCAGGUCCAAGCUGUAUAUAAUGCCAUGAGGAGGGAUGACAGGAUGAAAUACUUUUUCUAAUAAGUCAGAUUGUAUUUUUAGAUAUCAAGGUAUGUCUACUCAUGGCUGCUUUCUACUUGGGUCAAUUUUAUUCUCUAAUUAAGCCAGGAUAACCAAUACAUAUCCCUGUAUUAAUCAGGAUGAAAGUUGGUUAUGUUUUAUAUUCUCUGAAGAUGUGGCACACCAACUGUAUGAUUUCCUAGUAUUAGUUUUGAUAGUAUAAUAGAUAUUGUUAAUUCUCUUUUAUUGAUGAGCUGGUUUUAGUUAAAACCAUAAAAAGAGCUUCUUUCAUGUAUAAAUAACUGGAUGUCAUCUCAUCCUGAUAUUCUUAGUAUUUUUAGUAACUAAUAGAUGUAAGGGGGAGAGGGAGACUCUCUUUCAUUAGUCUUCAACA